AUGGCAUCUUCGUCUUCUGCUACCCGAGCGAACCGACUGUCGAUCUCUUCGGAUGCGACUGCGGUCGACGCCAGUCGCUCGAUGCUGAUGGCCUCGUCGUCCUCGGCUGCGGUCGGACUCGGCUUGGGAUCAGCGUCCUCGGUAGGGCCGCAGCCUAUGACGACGAUCCCUCCUCCUCCACCAAUUGGUUCCAACGAGACGGGUCAAUACCGUAAGCCAGGCAACUGGGAUCCCAUCACCGUGGCGGCCAGAGCUGACGCUGUUUCCGUCAACAUCCCCUCUUCCGUCUCCGUCGUCGUUCCACGCGUGGGAUGACGUGACGUGCUUGCCUGCUCGGUACCCAACUCCCACAGACAUCUCGAGCAUCAUCAAUGACGGAUCCACCACCGCCAGUCUCGGAUCGAGCAUCAGCUCCGGGACACGGCUACCUGCCUUGUCGCUCGCCCAGAACCCGUACCUGCCUUCGUCCAUCUCGUCGCUCGGCACGACCUUCACCUCGGCCGGCACGAUGCCCAAAGCCUCGGCCACCUCAAAGUCGGUCGCCCAACGUCGUAGCCAGGCACCGCCGAUCGUCAUUGGUGGUGGCGAACUACGCCAAGUGCACAUCGACGAGUUUGACGCCUAUCUCAAAGAGAUCGCACCCGCGUUCGAGAGGUGGCAGCAGGAGAGUCGGCUCGGAAGAGACGGCACCGCCGACGUGAGCAACUCGCCCGUCGUAACCCGCGACGACGGCACUUUCGGCGUCACGAUCGACGACAAGCACGCCGUCGUCAUCAACACGCCCCGGUUGGGGAGGGAGGAACCGUUACCGCCGUUGGAGCAGGUGCCGCAGAUCUUUUUCGACCCGGCCUUCAACCUCUCCAAUCCGCGCACCUUUGAUCUCGUCACCGAGCGCAUCAAAUCCUCCCCUCCGAGUUCACCAACGAGGACCUCGGAUUUCGACGAUGCACCCGGAUCAGCACCAAGAACACUUUUCACCUCCACGGGCCUAGCUACAGAACCGAUCGAUGGAUUGGGGCCACUCACCCUCGCCGAUCUCGCGACCGAUCAAGUCUUGCAGGAGAAGCUCUCGCACUACACCGCCGUCAUCGAAUCCCACCUCGUGCGUGAGAUCGGUCGACGUUCCUCCUCCUUCUUCUCUGCCCUCUCGAACUUGCAGUCCCUGCAUCAUCGAGGCGACAUGACGCUAGCCAAAAUCGCUGAACUACAGACCGCUCUCGCACCCGAUCGUUCGGGUGUCGGCGGUGCGGCGAAGCGAGGUCUCAGCAUAUUGCGCGCCCAGGCACGACGCAGGGGACUUGAGGCGAUUGAGCGAGGGGUACGAGACGUUGAAGAGAUGUGGAAUGGGGUUGAAGCCGUCAAGGAGCUCGUUGAGAAUGGAGAGUGGAUCGGUGCGCUCGAAGUGAGCGAGCAGAUUGAGGCCGAGUACUACGGGACUCAUAACGGUGGAGGCGCGGAGCAAAACGGUCGCUCCAGAAGCUCGACAACAGGGAACCACGAUUACACCUCUGCGACACCCUCGACUCCCAACGCAAAGCGGAAACAUUCGAACAGCAGCGAGGCAUCCACGCGGCUACGGUACACGCGCGUCAAUGCAUUGGACGGGCUACCACGCAAACUCGGUCUCUUACGAACACAAGUCGCCAAGUCGCUCGAAACGGAGCUCGUUACGGUCUUGAACCACGAGAUGGAUGUCGGGAUCGCCGAUUACCAACGACUCGUGGCUGUUGGACGAUGGAUCCGAGCGAACUCCUCAUCAACGACGACGACCGCAUCGGCUCCGAUGUCAGGGUCCAGCGUCACUCCGCUGUCGCCUGCUUUCACGAGCGCUUUCGGUGUCUCCCUUUCGGAUGCGACGGAUGAGACGAGUGAGGUUGGACAGGAGCAGACGAGGGAGAGGGCGAGAGAUCGGACCCAGCCUAUUGUGACUGCGCUUGUGCGAGCGGACGGGAUGGACGGCGCGGUAGCGGCUUGGAGGGAGAAUGUGCUGAAAGAUGUGCGGAGAUUGGUCAGAGAGGUGAGCUUCACGAAAUGAUCUGUGCGAUGUCACAUACACAUCCCUGACCUGUGCUACAAACCGUUCAGCAUCUGCCCUUCUCAGAUGCGACAGACUCGCCCAUGGGAGAGCCAGAUGAUCCCCUGGCUCUGGCCUCCGUACGCGCCUCACCAGCGGGCAAACUCGGCACUUCGGAGCUCUCGGACAAGAGCGCGACCCUGGCCAAACGAUUACGCGCCCUGUCCCACGAGGACUUUAUGCGUCUCGCUCGAGCUACGUACCUCGGUAUGCUAGGCGCUCUUGAAAUCGUCGACGUUCAUGCCCAUGUCCUCAACGAAGUGGCAAGGGCCAGUUACGAUGAUGAGCGAGCGAGCCGAGCGAGGCGCACCAGCUUGGACGGCGACGCUGCGCCUAAUCCGCCACGUACGUCGUCUUUGAACGUCCCCGGGGCUGAAUUCGAGCCGAUAUCAGCGAAAGGCAACAGCGCGGGAAGUAACGAUCGAUCAAGCGUGUCGGACGAAGCCGCACUCUACUCGGACAUCACCGACGUCGUCCACGCCGUGGCCGAAUUAGCGAACUUGCGUUUCUCGAAAGUGAUCGGCGUGCGCACGGAGCAACACGCGCACUUACCCCUCGAAUCAUUUAUCGAGAUCUUUGAUACGUCAUGGGCGUUUGUCCUGCGGUGCGAGACGAUCUGUCAACGCAUGAUCGUCGGCUUGCGUGGUGUGAUGGUUGGUCAAGCGAAGACGUUCUUACAGACGCUCCAUCAGAGGCGGUUGACGGAUUCGGCUAAAUACGUCGAGGAGGAACAGUGGGCUGCGGCUGACGUCCCGGCUUCAACGCAACACAUCGUCAAUCUCGUUAUCGAAACUGCGACGAAUGAUCCACCCGAGUUGCUCCUGGGUCAACGGGUCGUAGAAGCCAGAUUAGAGUCCAAGAAUGGAACCCCCUCUUCGACCUUGAUCGCCGAUGCCACACCCGAAGCAAGCGUGGCCAAGUCCGCUAAACAAGUCGACAUCGAAGGGCGCAAAUACUUCGCUGUCUCGGCCGGUGUAUUGGCCCUCGACGUAUUGGCCGACUAUCUCAAAGUCGUCAUCAAUUGUCCGUUGUUGACCACGGACGCGAUGAGCAAAGUCGUCGAAUUUCUGAAGGUACGAGUGAUGAUUGGGAAAGACUUUUUGCGAAAGUGACGAAGCUGACUUGUCUUCCGCCAUUCCAUCAUUUCUGCAGUCUUACAACUCUCGCACGUGUCAAGUCGUGCUUGGGGCUGGGGCGAUGCGCUCAGCCGGUCUAAAGAACAUUACCGCUAAGCAUCUCGGUGAGUCUGAUCGCUGUUCAGGUUGAGCGCUCAUUUGUGCUGAGACGCUGACGGCUGCUCUUAUUGCACGUCGGACCCUUUGCAGCUCUCGCAUCGCAGGCGCUCUCAAUCAUGAUCUCGCUCGUGCCCUACAUCCGAGAAUGCCUACGCCGCCACCUCAAUCCUAAGCAAGCAAUCAUGCUCGUCGAAUUCGACAAAGUCAAGCGCGACUACCAAGAACACCAAAGCGAGAUUCACUCCAAGCUCGUAGCCAUCAUGAGUGAUCGUCUCGAAGUCCAUGCGAAGACGCUCAAGUCGCUCAAUUGGGCCGCAGAGGAUACGAGCAACCAAGGUGCGAACGCUUACAUGGAAUCGUUGGUCAAGGAACAUAUCACGUUGCACAAAGUUUUGUCGCGCUUUCUGCACACCGAAACGGUCAUCUUCAUCAUGCGGCAGGUCUUUACGGCUUUGGAACAACGGCUCAAGUCGGAGUUUGCGGCGAUCGAGUUAGCGAACGAGGGGGGCAAACGAAGAAUGUUGGGCGACGUGGCACAUUUGAGGAUGAGAUUUGGCGAGCUAAGGGGUUUGGAGGAGUUGGUACCAGGGAAAGAAUUGGAGACACUCGUCGCCGCCAAGGACGUACCCAAACCGGUGGCUCCCAAGCCAAAAUCGGCCCCCGUGCCGGCGCCCGUACCUGCACCUGCACCCGCACCCGCGCCUACGCCACUCAUUCCUGUCGUCGAACAGCCGGUCGUCUCGGUCGCUCCUGCCCCUCCCACUCGCACCUCUACGGAAAGUGUCGAGCCAACUGUAGCCGAUCCAGUUCCAGACACACCCGCUACAGCACCUACUUCUGAAGCCCCUACCACGUCCGCACCCUCGACUUCCAUCCCUGCUCCGAGCGACAACGUUACCUCGACCCCAACCUUCACUUCCCCCCGCGAAUCCCUCGACUCCAACCGUCCCCCCCUCGACUCACCGCCUAUAAUCUCCUCAAGUACCAACUCCCCCAUACUCAAUCGUGCUCCACCGACCGACGUACCUCUAAGCACGGACCCCCCGAAACGCAAGUCCGUGGCCGAACGUUUGGCCGAAAUGGCGCGGAGGGGAAGUAAUUCUGCCGCGAGCAAGGCGUCGAGUUUGUUGCCUCCUUCGGUCAAGUCGUCGCCAAAAUUGGGACUGGGAUUGGCUCAGGUGCCUGAGACUCUUGAGAAGGAUGGGAAGAUCGAGGAUGUUGUCGCUGCUGCGCAGCCGCAGGAAGCGGUCGGCGUUGCGCAGGAGGAGGUCGUUCAGGCAGCAGCUCCUGACGCUGAGUCGACGGUGAUUGCGGAUAAGCUGGACACGGUGGAGAUAAAGGUAGUACCGAUCGUUGAAGGCACUCCUGAGGAAGCCAAGGCGGAGCACGUCGACCCGGUCGUCGUCCCAGACGCCACCCCACCCAAGGAGGAAGCUCAAGAGCAUGCUGCCGAUGAGGCGCCCGCUUCGGAAACCAUCGUCGACCCGAUUUCGAGCACCAUGGCGUCGACAUCACCCCCACCUCCUGCAGUCGACGAGGUCGUAACCUCAAUGCAGCUCGAAUCUGCAGAGGCUCGUGUCGAACCCCGAUUACCAGAAGAGGUGGUCGAUUCGGUGACGCCCCCGGAGAUCUCCGACUUUAUCCCAGACCACGCGUCGGAAGUUGUAGCAGACCCGACAGUGAAUAUCGACGAAGCGAUCGCGGAUCUUGCUCAAGAAGCAUCUUUUCCUGUGCCUGAACCAAUCAUAAAGACAGAGCCCGAGUCGGUCCCGAACACUAACGAUGAUGAUACUCCCUCGGACGUGGCGGACACGUCCCCUUCGCCCGUCACUCCCGCUCCUGAACCUACCAAACCCGAGAUCGAGGACGUCGAGGACGUCGAAGAAGUAGAAGAGGCGUCGUUCCUGUAG